CUCAUGUGGUCAAAACGUAAUUGUGUAAUGUUAUACAUGACCCGGAAAUAAACGUAUUAACGGAAGGAGGUAUCAUGGCGCAGUACACAGAGGGCAGUGCUUCGGCCAGAGACGAAAUGCCAGAUCUGUCAGAUAGCGACGGCGACGAUGACCAGUGGCAGUGCAUGGACGAGGAUCCCAACAAUGUGACCAUCACAUGCUUGUUUUGUGACCGGUUAUUGUAUUCUGUACAAGAGACGUUCUUGCACUGUCAGUCCGACCAUCAUGUGGACAUUCCAAGUUAUGUGAAAAGACGCAAACUGGAUGACUAUGGCUAUAUAAAGCUCAUAAACUACAUACGAUCCGCACAAUGCAGUGCAGAGGUGCUGCUUAGUGUGCCUGAAGAUUGCCCUCCGUGGGAUAAUGAUGACUACAUGAGACCAGCACUGCAGGAUGACCCUCUGCUUCAGAUCGACAUCGAGGAGCUUUAUGGGCUGGGUGUGGACACUGUGGCCCCGGACCCGGAGUCUGCUGCUGGCCUCCUCUGCAGAGCCCAGUGUGCAGAAGAGAGAGCAGCUCGCACAGAGGAGGCCCUGGGCAGGGCCCUGGACGACCUUCACAGGCUGAAAGUCCUGGUGCAGAGCUUAGUGCUGAAUGUGGAUUCCGGCCGUGGCCCAGGGACGGCCCCGGGGUCCUUGUCCACUGGGCCCGUUGCUGAGCUACGGGAGGACGAGGACGAGGCCUACUUCAUCUCCUAUGGCCACUAUGGGAUCCAUGAGGAGAUGUUGAAGGACAGGGUACGCACUGAAAGCUACAGGGACUUCAUGUACUUCAACCCAGAUGUCUUCCGGGAUAAGGUGGUGCUAGACGUGGGGUGCGGUACAGGGAUUCUUUCCAUGUUCGCGGCCAGAUCCGGGGCCAGGAAGGUGAUAGGAGUGGACCAGUCGGAAAUCAUCUAUCAGACUAUGGACAUUGUCAGGUCUAACAACCUUGAAGACACUAUCACUUUGAUCAAAGGAAGGAUCGAGGAGGUUGACCUACCAGUGGAGAAGGUGGACAUUAUUAUUUCAGAAUGGAUGGGCUAUUUCCUCCUGUUUGAAUCCAUGCUGGAUUCAGUGCUCUAUGCACGGGACCUGUACCUGGCUGAAGGAGGAUCAGUGUACCCCGACUGCUGCACCAUCAACCUGGUGGCUGUGGGGGACCUGCAGAUGCACCGGGAGCGGCUCGCGUUCUGGGACGACGUCUAUGGCUUCGGGAUGACUUGCAUGAAGAAGGCCGUGCUGCUGGAGGCCUCCGUGGAAAUGCUGAAGGCUGAGGUGCUGAUUUCAGAGCCAGCUGUGAUUCAGACAAUUGAUUGCAACAGAGUGAGCAUCUCGGAGCUGGAGUUCACCACCGACUUCUCCCUAAAGAUAACUGACAGCACACAGUGUACAGCUAUAGCUGGGUAUUUUGACAUUUUCUUCGACAAGAACUGCAACAAGAAGGUCAUGUUCUCCACAGCACCCCACUGUGCAAAAACUCACUGGAAACAGACAGUCUUCCUUCUGGAGAAGCCCAUUCAUGUACAGUCAGGUGAGGAGCUGCAGGGUAAUAUCAGCGUUCGCAAGAAAAGAAAGGACCCACGUGCUCUGCUCAUCACCAUCAGUCUCAACAACAUGAAGCAGAUCUACAGUCUCCAGUGAAGUGGCCCCUCAUUCCAGACAUAUGUUUUAUAUACCAGACAUGCCUUCAUAAUGCCGGUGUUAGUUGGAACACCUAAUUGAACAUGGGGAAAAUAGUUGAGGAUAUCUUUGCCAUAAUGUGCAGUUUUAUGAAUGUUCUGGCUUGAUGCUCUCUUUUGAACAUCUGCAUCAUCCAGCUGUUGGUAACUGAAGAGUGUCUUAUGGUCCCCAUCAUGUACCAGCCCCAGCCACAUGUUCUCCCUUUCCUCCUUGUGCUUAGCUGGUUUCACAGCAAAGACACGAGAUGAAUUACAAGUUGUGCCGCUCCCUUGGCUGCAAUGUUCUUCCUGGUAAUAAACGAGUGCUGAACCAA